UGUUUGGGCGCACACUGCAUUUCUUAUCCUUGCUGGUUCUCUCAGCAGACAGUAGCUUCUCUCAUCCCAGUCUCCUCCUGACCCAUCAUCAGAACAGUUUCCUGAAAGAGGAAUUGUUGUGGGUUUGAAAGAGAGAAAAAGGGGGGGUUGAACCAGGAGAAUAAUACCUGACGUGUUUGCCUCAGCUACCAGCAGCAGACGGAGUCCCUCCAAACCUACACCUACCAACCUACCGGCGAGGAAGCUGCCUGCAUCCGAUAAGGGAUCUAGUCCACAAAAUCAAGUGUGGAGGGGGUGUGGAGAUUACAAGUAGAAUUGGAAAGAGGGAGAAGAGACACCGAGGGAGGGAAAAGGUCAGGGACACGGGGGGGUUAUCGCACUGCCAGAAAUAAGGAGAGUGUCUACAUAAAGGUUUUGGCAGACGAAACCAAGGAGACGAAGUGAAACAGACCAGCAACCCCUGCUCCUCCACUGACUAUUUUUUUACAAGGACAACUGGAUUUUUAAACAUUUGAAUCUUUUUUACAGAAACAAUAUUUGUGCUUUGGAGAAGUCCAGGCAACACAGUCUACAUUUUUGACCGUGCGUAAUUUGGAGAGUUUAUCACCGCGCUGCGUCAGGAUGCGCGUCAGUCCGCUUCUGGUCUUCCUCUGCCUCCUGUGCGCCGGACGCGCUCAAAAGUUCUCCGCUCUCACGUUCCUGCGGGUGGACCAGGAUAAGGAGUGCAACAUGGAAUGCAGCGGAGCUCCUCGCAAACCGCUGUGUGCCUCCGACGGCAGGACCUUCACAUCUCGCUGCGAGUUCCUUCGAGCCAAGUGCCGCGACCCCCAGCUAGAGGUCAUCCGAGGGCCAUGCAAAGAUACAUCCAGAUGUGUAGCAGAGAAGAAGUACACAGAGCAGCAGGCCAAGAAGGUCUUCCCACAGGUCUUUGUGCCUGUAUGCAACCCUGAUGGUACAUACAGUGAGGUUCAGUGCCACAGUUACACUGGAUACUGUUGGUGUGUCACACCCAAUGGCAGACCCAUCAGCGGCUCAGCAGUGGCCAAUAAAAAGCCCCGAUGCCAAGGAUCCAAACAAGAGAGGGCGACCACACGAGAGCCAGGUAAAGCAGUCUCCUUGCAAAUAUUCUCCAUUCUAAAUGCAGAUGAGACUGGACUAGUGGUGGAUCCACAUCCCACUGCAGAUGAAGAAGACAUCAUUUCCCAGUACCCCACUCUGUGGACUGAGCAGGUUCGCAGUCGACAGAACAAUAGAACCAGAGCACCAUCCUCAUCAUGUGACCAAGAGCAGCAGUCUGCCCAAGAAGAGGCGAGGCAGCACAAGAACGAUGCUGUCUUCAUACCAGACUGUGCCCAUGGAGGACUGUACAAGCCGGUCCAAUGCCACCCGUCCACCGGCUACUGCUGGUGUGUGCUGGUGGACACUGGUCGCCCCAUUCCUGGCACCUCCACCAGGUAUGAACAGCCAAAGUGUGAUGGCAAUGCGAGGGCUCACCCAACUAAACCCAAGGACCAUUACAGAAGCAGACAUCUCCAAGGCUGUCCUGGGGCAAAGAAAACAGAGUUCCUGACAAGUGUUCUUGAUGCGCUGUCAACAGACAUGGUGCACGCUGUCACAGAUCCAGCGUCAGCCGGAAGGAUGGCCGAGCCCGACCCCAGCCACACCCUGGAAGAGAGGGUGGUCCACUGGUAUUUCAGCCAGCUGGACAAAAACUCCAGUGGGGACAUUGGAAAGAAGGAGAUUAAGCCUUUCAAACGCUUCCUGCGCAAGAAAUCCAAGCCAAAGAAGUGUGUGAAGAAGUUUGUUGAGUAUUGCGACAUCAGCAAUGACAAGGCGCUUUCACUGCAGGAGUUGAUGGGCUGCCUCGGGGUGACCAAAGAAGAUGCAGCCAAAGCAGGAGAAGGCGUAUCCUCCAGUAAACUAAAUCAGUCCAAGAGGCAAGGCUAAGCCCACAACUGAGAUUUCCCCUCCUGCAUGGAGAAUGUGCCCUCACCAAUCGGCAAUAAUGGGAACCAUAGUAUUUGCACUUUGUACUUUAAAAGAAAUGUAAAUUCACUUUGUAGAAAUAAGGUAUUUAAACAGACUGCUGAAUCUGUGAAUGAUGUAGUUAGCUUUUUAUGUCCUGACAAACAAAAAUGAUUUAACACAUACAAUGUAUGUGUCCUUUGUGUAUCUAAAAAAAUGUUGUUUUUUUUUUUCAAAGUUGAACAAGUCUUAUUGUUUGAUGUUUCAUUUUUGUGCCCCUUCUCCCAUUGUACCUGUCCUGUCAUAUUAAUGAUGUUUGAAUCACUGCUACAAUAAUUUAGAUUGAUCAUGUCCUGAAAUAUAGCAUCGUUUCCUGUGCUCUGUACAGCAGUUUGAAUGAAUGUUUUUCAUCAUUAAAUCAUAAAGAAAAAAACAUCCUA